GAAGCCCGAGCGAGGCAGAGAGGAGCCCGAACCAGGAGAGGAGAGAUGGAUAAUGGGGGAGGGACUGGAGCAAGAGCGCUGCUUAUUGGUAGGCUCUGGUCCUGGCACUGGAUGGAUUGACUUAGCACGGGUCGUAUUACACCAUUUGCCGUGCAUUAGUUUGUUUUGUUUUUUUCUUCCUCCUCCUCCCAUGCCAGGAGAAGUUGAUUCACUACGACGAGCCAGAUCCAAUAUUUGGAAUUACAGCGACGCGUAAAAGGAUACAAAACAAUCCGUGCAGAUGAGGUAACAUCCCCCGGCAGUGUGAAACAGGAAGUGUCGUCCGUGAGCAGCCAUGGGCCAGAGAGCCGCGCUUCUGCUCGCUGAGCUUCUGCUGCUGUUGCUCACAGCCUCUCGCACUCUCCUCGCCGCCAGCUUCCCGGAGGACGUCGCGCCCCUCGACGUGGUCGACGCACACUUUUCGCGGAGGUAUCCUGUGUUCAGAGGCAGGCCCUCUGGCAACGAGUCCCAGCACCGCCUCGACUUUCAGCUGAUGACGAGGAUACAGGACACCCUGUUCAUCGCGGGCAGAGAUCAGGUGUACCUAGUCAGUCUGAGAGAAUCCUACAGGAAUGAGAUCAUUCCUUACCGGAAGUUAACAUGGCGAUCGGGCCAAGCUGACAGAGACAUGUGUGCCGUAAAGGGGAAACACAGAGACGAGUGCCACAACUUCAUUAAAGUGCUGGUUCCCAGAAAUGACGACCUGGUGUUUAUCUGUGGAACCAAUGGUUUCAACCCCAUGUGCAGAUACUACAGGCUGGAUAACCUCGAGUUUGAUGGGGAAGAGAUCAAUGGUCUGGCACGGUGCCCGUUUGACUCCAGGCAAACCAAUGUUGCCCUUUUCGCUGAGGGGAAACUGUACUCCGCUACCGUUGCUGACUUCCAGGCCAGUGACUCCGUCAUUUAUCGUAGUAUGGGCGACGGGUCAGCCUUGAGAACCAUCAAAUAUGACUCCAAAUGGUUGAAAGAGCCUCACUUCCUGCACGCCGCUGAGUACGGGAAUUACGUGUACUUUUUUUACCGGGAGAUCGCGGUGGAGCACAGCAAUCUGGGAAAGGUUGUGUAUUCUCGCGUGGCCCGAAUCUGUAAAAAUGACGUCGGGGGGUCGCAGCGGGUGCUGGAGAAGCACUGGACAUCUUUUGUGAAAGCCAGGCUGAAUUGCUCGGUGCCGGGCGAGUCCUUCUUCUACUUCGACGUGCUCCAGUCCAUCACUGACAUCAUCGACAUCAACGGGGUUCCCUCGGUGGUGGGGGUGUUCACCACCCAGAUGAACAGUAUCCCGGGGUCAGCGGUGUGCGCCUUCUCCAUGGCCGACAUAGAGAAAGUGUUCUGGGGCCGGUUCAAAGAGCAAAAGACCCCCGACUCCGUCUGGACUCCGUUUCCAGAGGAGAAGCUGCCCAAGCCCCGACCCGGGAGCUGUGCAGGCCACAGUCCAGCUGCAUCCUUUAAGAGCUCCAUCGAGUUUCCGGACGACACCCUGCAGUUCAUCAAGUCCCACCCCCUCAUGGACACAGCUGUGCCUUCUAUCGGGGAUGAGCCUUGGUUCACAAAGACGCGUGUCCGAUACAGACUGACAGCCCUGGCUGUGGACAAUGAGGCGGGACCGUACAAGAACUACACGGUGGUGUUCAUCGGGGCUGAGUCAGGGGUCGUCCUCAAGGUUUUAGCCAAGACCUCGUCCGUAUCUCUGAACGACAGCCUGCUCCUGGAAGAGAUAGAUGUUUUUAACAGAGCCAAGUGCCUGUCUAACCGUGAGGACGACAAGCGUGUCCUCUCCCUGCACGUGGACAAAGACGCACACAGCCUCUACGUCGCCUUUUCCAGCUGUGUCAUCCGUCUUCCCCUCAGCCGCUGCGAAAGACACUCCUCCUGCCACAAGUCCUGCAUAGCAUCGAGGGAUCCUUACUGUGGAUGGAAGCCUAGUGGAGCUUGUGAGAGGAUACAGUCUGGUGUUCUGACUGGAUAUGAGCAAGACACGGAAUUUGGAAACACGGCCCACCUAGGAGACUGUCAAGCAUUUUUGGGCACUACUUCAGCGCCAGAUUACAAAUCAUUUGGCGACCCUACCUCUGACAUGGAGUUUUCAUCAGCGCCAGUCACUGUCCAGCCCAGUGGGCCCAUACACCCCCCAGUAUUCAUACCCACUCAGGCCCCCAGCUCUGAGUCUGGUCCAGAGCUCUACGGCUCAGGCUUUGUGCUGCAGGAUGACCCAACCACCUCCCAUUCUUUAGAAUCUAUCCCGGGGGGGCAAGAGGGUGUGUGGGAUAACCAUACAGGGGAUACCAACCAGAUGGUCCACAUGAACAUCCUCAUCACUUGCGUCUUCGCUGCUUUUCUCAUGGGUGCUCUUCUGGCUGGUCUGAUCGUGUUCUGCUAUCGAGACUCUUUCCUCCGCAAGCCAAGACACGCCCACAAAGACCCAGAGUCUGCGCCAUCCUGCUCUGACUCCACAGAGCUCGACAAGCUCCAUGGCCUGUUUGACAGCCCCGUAAAGGAGUACCAAACCAAUGUUGAUUUUUCCAAACUCUAUACCAAUCUGCUGAGCAAUGGCAAAGAUUUGAAUACACCCAAUGGCGACACCAAAACUAUGAUUCUGCGGGAUGGCUGUCAGCCCCCGGAGCUUGUUGCUCUACCCACACCUGAGUCUACCCCGGUGCUUCAGCAAAAAGGCCUACAGCCCAUCAAGAACCAGUGGGAGAGGGCUCACGGGAAGGUCAGUGGACCCCGAAAGGAGUCAAACUCUUCAGCCAUGAGUCCACAGUUCCUGCCCUCUUCUCCCGCUUCAACCAACGCAAACCCCCACCACCCGCACCUUCCUCUUGGACACUCCCACAUCCCCAGUGCAGUUGUCUUGCCCAAUGCCACCCACGACCACCCCAACCUAGACGACGGAGAUGAGACUCUGCCUAAUUCGUCUGAAAAGAGGCAAAAGAAUCCAGAUUCUAAGGGAAGUAAAAAAGAUCAGAAACGAUCCGUGGAUGCACGGAAUACUCUAAAUGACCUUUUAAAACACCUCAAUGACUCUGUGGCUAACCCAAAGGCCAUUCUUCAAGAGGGAUCAGGGCCUCGCCCAAGGCCUCAACUCACACUGGAGCCCAUGGAGGAGCUGACUGAAUUACCCCCCAAGGUGCCCAGUCGCGAGGCCUCCUUGUACUCUCCUUCCUCCUCCCUGCCAAGGCACAGCCCCACUAAGAGGGUCGAUGUGCCCAUGCCCUCCACCCCUACAACACCAACGGGAAGCCUGAGCAUGGGGGGUACCCUUGAGAGGCAAAGAGGAGGGUACCAGUUGCACCGGAGCGCCUCUCACAGGCACUCCUUAUCCACCUCCCCGAAUGGGGUGACCAUGGGGGUGUCUGUGUCUCGCCAACACAGUAUGAACAGAGGGGGUUACAUGCCUCCGACACCCCCCUCCAGACUUGAUUCCCACGGUGCGGUUUUGGCAUCAGGGAUGCACUCACCACACCCGUCAUCUAUGUCACGGCAGAGCAGCUACAGUGGGCAUGGCUCACUCCCUCGCACGGGGCUUAAACGGACCCCAUCCCUAAAGCCAGACGUGCCCCCUAAACCCAACGGGUUUUCUCCACAGACUUCACAAAUGCGAGUGGUCAACAAGUACAGUUACUAAAACUCGGUGGACACUACCAGUGCGCAAGCUCUCGGCCUGUGGAGCACGGCAUCCUGAGGGGUUCAGGUUGUACGGCCCUAGUGUGUGUGUAAGUGCAUCGACUUGAAGUGUGUUUCCCCCUUUAAAUGAUAUGCACAGUCACUCAUAUGGAAAAAGGGAAAACUACACGUGGCCAAAGAUACUCAUCGGGGUUCCCUUUGACCCUAUGUCCCGGUAGCCACAGGAUCUGAACGGCGGACGGUGGUGGAUCUACUGCUCCACAUGGGAUCUGGGUUUGGGGUGUCACCCGUUCCCCUGUUAGUGACGAGGUUCACAGCGACACCAGCGGGGGGGCCACGAGGGCAUAUGUGCAUGUGGUUCCAGCUCAAAAACAGUGGAAUACUUGAAGAAUGGGUCUCAGUCGUUUGCUACCCUUGAACACUGUCUUCCCACUAAUGUGAACUGGACAGAGAGGCGAGGUAGGCCCAGCCUUUGUUUCGAAGAUGGGAGGAGGAUUAAUAAUAAUCAUGGUGUGUGAGUUGCUUUAGAUACAUAUGACCACAAGCUGCUGAUUCAAGCAGCAAAAGAGCGUGCAAAUGAAUGUUUGAAUGUGUUUUGGGUUGACUGGAAAGCAGAUUUAUGUAAAAGCAGUACACAUAAUAGGCCUUUGAGAGUGGUGCCACAGAAAGCACCUUAAGACCUGUAGAAGACCUAAGUCACUGUCUUUCAUUUCAACAAUAUUAUCUUUUCUUUGGUCUUUUUUUUCAAACCGAGCAUCUGAACCAAGCCUGAACCAUAUAUCUUUGUCACUUUGUAAAGGUACAAAAGGUUGGGCUGCAGGGAAGGUGGUGAUCAUGUCGGGAGCAUUCUGAUGUCACUGGGAAGGUUGACUGAACAUUUGCUGCUAUUGGUUGUAGACAUAGAUAUUGUCUGGUGCAUUCUUUUACCUACAAUAUUUGGAUAGCCUCUGGCAUGGGUGUGCACAUCCAUUUGCGUGUGAUUAUGUGUGGUACAUUGCAGGAAGAGGCCAAGAAGAACAGAUUUAAGUAACCAAGCGCACUCUUUAAACAAUUCAUUGGAUAGUGUUUCUCUGCAAAACUGAAACUUCCCCUGACUCCCAUUAUAAGAUUAAGAACUAUACUGGUGGUAAACUUUCUUUAAAAAAUAAUUAAAAUGGUAUAAUUGAAAAAACAUUAUUCAUCUCAUACUAUAAAUUACUUUUGAACAUUCAAAGUUUCUAUUUUAUAUUAUUUAAAAAUAUGUCAUGUGAAAUCAAGGCAACACGAUUUAGCUCAGUCGUCAUUCCAGGAUCCUUCUAUUCUCUCGAAUUCGAAUCCCCAAAAUAGAAGAACAUACUAAUCCGAUUAACGAUAUACUGUACUGAUCCUAGACAAAACAAGCAUACAGCAUCUUUGUCAUAUAUUCUCCUGCCUCUGCAGCCUGUGUUCCCUGUGCAGCCCCCCCCUGCAAGUGGCCAGUGUACAAUCAACACAACAUUUGCCGAUGUGUCAAAAUGAGUCAUGCUGGGAAUGACGAGGUCCUGUAUAUACUUAAAUAAUAUAAAUAAGGGAUAUGAAUAUUUUUAGGCAAGUGAACCUGAAUCUGUGCAUUGUGUGCCUUAUUCAAAAAAUGAACAAGUACAUUAUUUAAUAUCGGUAAUGUCGAUUGGUCCUCUGUGUGUCACUGUCAUAUGUUCGAUAAACAUUUCCUAUACAUUCGAUUCGAAAUUAAGCAGGGGUGUGUGUUGGAAAAUCACUACGCCAUUCCACUUAGGAGUGCCCAUCAUGCACAAAGACAUUUAAAGUAAACGCUAAUCGGGAGACAGAUAAUUAGAACAUUCUCUUUUGCUGCCUGUGUGUCAAAAGAAUUGUGUUAUUCCGCAACACAGUGGUGCCAUGCAGUGAAUGUAUUUCCAUGAUGGUGGGAUGUAGGGUGGUCAGACCUUGCACUGUGGAGCGGUCGGCUCAACACAGCACAUCCUGCCCACAGCCAAUGUAUUAACACAGUGUUCACAUGAAAGCCGUCUCUUGGCAUGGCAGGAGCUGGUGCAGAAUUUGUAAUACCCCAGGAUUGCAGUGACAGGAACUGCUUUUUUCUUUUUUCUUUUUUUUUUUGGGCAAAAGGGACAACCGAGGGAUCAUUUCUCGUAGCAGCGCGUACAUGAUUUGGGUGACUUUUGCAAUCUUGUCAGUUGCCUGUGAAGCCCAAAGCCACAUUUUGUUUACAAGUGAUGAUUGUAUGUAAAGACUUUUUCUGCCUGUCAUCUGACCAGUUGUUUGGGCUCUAUUUUCUACUCCGCAAAUGCACAUUGACAUCACAAACAUACUCAUCACACACUGCUCAACUGCCUUGUACAUUGCAAUAUGACCUGGGUCUUUCUGUUGCAAUCUAAGCUGAAGCCUUUAUAUUUCAGUCCGAGCUUGGUGUACGUGCAAAUAAACCGAUUGUUUUUUUUUUUUUUGUCAUGUAACCUUGAUUUAAACACAGCUGUAUAUUUGAUCUUCAGAGUAUUUGGACGUGUAGAUAUGUUAUAAAGUUGUACUGUGAAUGUGUAAAUAAUUUUUUUCAUGUUUUGUUGAUUUUUUUU